AUGGGGGCAAAGCAAAUGGAAGAGAUUCAGAAGAAAUUGGGAACGCUGAAUUACCCAAGAUCAAAUGCAUCUGCUCAGUCCCUUUUGUUUGCUGGCAUGGAGCGCUAUGCUCUUCUCGAAUGGCUCUUCUUUCGGCUAUUAGGUGAUAAAUCACCAUUUUCUCAACAAAACUUACAUGGGGAUGCUCUUGACCGUGACGAGGAGACAGCUCGAAUUCAAUAUUUGGCAGAAAUUGCGAAGUUUCUGGGCAUUACAACAACUGUAGAUACCGAAGCCAUUCAAGGGCAUGGAAGCUAUGAGGACCGCACUGAAAUGCUUCGUCUAAUUGUAGAUCUAGUGGAGGCAACCAUAUAUGCUGAUAAUCCAGAAUGGAGUGUUGAUGAGCAGGUAGCGAAGGACAUCCACUUGAUAGAUUCCAUUGCCGAAAGACAGGCUCAUAUAUUUUCUGAAGAAUGUAAAUUGUUUCCCGCAGAUGUUCAGAUUCAGUCUAUAUAUCCAUUGCCAGAUGUUUCGGAGCUGGAGUCAAAGCUUACUGAACAAUCAAAAAUAUUAUUGAAUCUUCAACAAAAAGUUGAUGACUUAGCAUCGAAGCAUGCUUAUAAUCCAAAUGAGGAGUAUACUGAGGUGGAAUCUGAACUGCGAGCACAUUUGGAAUCUUUUCUAGAAACUGCUAGAACAUUCAACAUGAUUUACACCAAGGAAAUUCGUCCAUGGACACAUAUGAUGGAGGUUCCACAACUUCACGGGUUUGGACCAGCUGCCAAUCGAUUAUUAGAGGCGUACAAAAUGCUUCUAAAGUUUUUAGGGAAUCUGCAAAAUCUUAGAGACUCACAUGCUGCACUUGCUUUUGGAUCUUCUGAAACAUCAGGAGGGCCUUCUUCUGUCUCAGCAAUAAUCUCCGAAUGUGAAUCUGAAAUGACAGUUAUAAAUCGAGAUCUUGGAAUUCUUUCUGCCUCCAUUGCUCGUGAACAGGUAGAAAAGAUGAGCAUUUGA